AUGGUACUGCAACUUACAUUAAACCACAUAAUAGACAGAUAUGCAUCAGAUCACUUGAACUAUGAUGAUCCAAUAGUUUUUUCAAUUGUUGACACAUCAAAUCCUUACCCAUGGCUUAGAAAUAAUUCUUCAAAUGAUGAAUGGAAAGAAAUUUCGGAUAAGUCAAAUUCAAAAAGAAAUGAUGUUAAUGGUGUUGAAGUAUUAACCUGGGCUCGGCUCGUGUAG